CGACAAAUUGAGACCACCCUGUGGUCGGUUCCACCCACCAGCAAGCAUCUCAAUGGACUCGACACCUUUUUUCCUCCACCAGCUGCUUCUUGCGGUUGCUUGUGCCAACCGCCGCUUACACACAGAUACCUUACCGUACCUGACGAGCUGACGCUGAAACGCAGCGUGGACUGGCCAACACUACUGUACCACCCACUACCCCCAUGGACGAUACACAUAGCAACAUGGAGGACAAUAUGCCCAUACUUUACAUUGGCCACCACGAGACCAAGCGGGCCAUGCCUGUAUCUGAGGAGCUGGUUCAGCAUGCACAGGAUUUGGGCUACGACAUGCUCACUUCUCCCAUCACGAACGCCCACUUUCACUCUCGCGUCCUCAGUCUUCUCAACUCGUAUAAUCAGGCCAUAACUGAAGCUGCCCUCCCGUCGGAUGCCCAACCGUUACCCCUCAUACCCGCGCUGCAAAGCGCAGAUACUGACCUUGGGCCCAGUGACAGCAUUUCUCAGCUCAUUACAUUCACGAGUUCCUGGAUAGAUUUGUCUUCGCCUGAUCCCGUGAUUGCCUAUCUUUCCCGCCAGGUCUUGAAUCUGGAGAUUGCCUAUGCUGCGUUCUGUGGAGCCAUCACCGUCGUCGUGCCAGGACCUCGCCUUUCUCAUGGCGCAAACGGUCUCGCGCAGUAUGCACGCGCAAUAAAGGAAGCCCUUGCAACUGGGUCAUACAUACAGUUGCAUAUCUUGAUGCCGAUGGAUGGGUCCGAUUUGGAGGAAGCGCUAGAUGACCUUGGUGACUUAGCGAGCUUUACGCGUGCGGAGUACCAAAAUCAAAGAAAUGUUGGAAAGGGGCGAGCUGGCCUAUUCAGCUCCUGGGACGCUUGGAAUACGAUCCGUUCCAUUUGCAAAUAUCAUGCCAGGCUCUCAAUCGCCCUCGAACUUCCUCGCCGUCUUCCUUCGUUGGCUCUCCAAUCCCGCUGGUACUCCGAGCCAAUUCGGCUGCUGAUUCUACCCGCAUCGUCAUUUCUUAUCAAUGCUCGUGGCUCCUCCGUGCUGUCCAAGGCUCACCAGGCCUUCAUAUUCCGGGCGAUGCGUUUGCAAAAGGCGCCCUGGCUUCUUCUUGCAGAUAUUGGACCGCUACCAGGAGUCGAUGAUCCGGACUUGAUCAUGUCUUACGCGACUGGACACCUUUCCCCAGAAGCUGCCGCUGAUGCUCCCACACCCCGCUCAUCCAUGUCACCAUCCCCUACACCGGCAGAGGCCGCGCUGAUGGGAAAGAACGCCAGGAAGAAGAGUAACAACAAUGACCCUACUCCUCAUCUCAGCUAUCUCCGUUACUUACAGCGUAACCAGCCACCAAAGACUGUUAUUGAGAGAUUCGGUGGUGGCUUUCAGGACUACCUACAGAGCCCUCUACAACCACUCUCUGACAACCUCGAGUCGAUUACUUAUGAAGUAUUUGAAAAGGAUCCCAUCAAAUAUGAAUGGUAUGAGCGCGCCAUUGCUCAGGCGCUGCGAGAUUGGCAGGCACAAGGGAAACCGACAAGCUCAGACGACGGCGCGGUAGUAGUAGCUGUAGUGGGCGCCGGCCGCGGCCCACUCGUUACUCGUGCACUGAAUGCAAGCAAAAGCUCGGGGGUCCCCGUUCGCGCCUAUGCAGUUGAGAAGAACCCAAAUGCGUAUGUCCUUCUGCAGCGUCACAAUGAGCAGGACUGGCAGCGCAAGGUUACAGUAGUCAAGACUGACAUGCGUGCCUGGAAGGGACCUUCCCUGGCCGAUGGGAGCUUUGGCAAGGUGGACAUAUUGGUUAGCGAACUGCUGGGCAGCUUCGCUGAUAAUGAGCUUUCGCCUGAAUGUCUGGAUGGUGUCCAACACGUGUUGAACCCAGACUGCGGGAUAUCGAUACCGGCCAGCUAUACGGCGCAUUUCACGCCAAUUGCAACGCCUCGGCUCUGGGCAGAUAUCUCUCAUCGGAGCACAACGGUCGAUGCAGGUGCUUUCGAGAUACCCUGGGUGGUUAUGCUACAGCAGAUGGAUUUCCUCUCCAUCGAUUCGCAUCAACCGGCGCUGUAUCAAUCCCAGCUGUCAAGCGGGGGAAAACCCAACCAGCUCAAUCUGGAUCCUCCGCUCAGGCCAUACAUACAGACUGCUUGGAAGUUUACCCACCCGAGUCCACCAACGAUUCUCGCUCAGUCGUCCUUGAGACGAGGGGGAUCUGCGAUCGGCGGCGGCGGAGGAUUCACCGGCGGUGAUGGGGCCAACGAGCACAAUGCUCGAUCGUGUAGCCUUACCUUCCCUAUCCAGGAGCAAGGUGUCUGCCAUGGGUUGGCCGGAUACUUUGAGACGGUGCUGUACAGUGGGAGUGAAGGCAGCGUCGAGCUUAGCACUAAUCCGGUAACCAUGGAGCAGAAGUCCAAGGACAUGAUCUCCUGGUUUCCAAUCUUCUUCCCUCUCAAGACACCGAUGCAAGUCCCUGCCAAUUCCGAGAUGCAAAUAAGCAUGUGGCGACAGACGGACGACCGCAAAGUGUGGUACGAAUGGCUCGUAGAGAGCUUCAUCUUCGUCAAUGGCGAACGCAUCCGGCUGGCAGUUUCGGAUUUGCAUUCGAGCAAGUCAAGCGGCUGCCUCAUGUGAGAGAGCUGUGCCCACUGUUUCUGGGUGUUGUAAUCGUCGGCUGUACGCAGGGGGAUUGCUUUUGAAGAAGUUCGACGAUAGCCCUACAGGAGGCUACUGCUUUGGUUGUUGGAAACACAUAUACGCCGUUAUGAUACCCUAUUUUCAGGACAAUUUGACUUGUUUCGCC